AUGCGCAGUGCAAGAUCUAAUCAUCAAGUUUUGCAAAUCAUUCGUUUUCUAACUGGUUUAAAUGAUGAAUUUGCUGUGGUUAAAUCACAAAUACUGUUAAUGGAUCCCCUGCCACCAAUGAACAAGAUUUUUUCUAUGGUUAUUCAACAUGAGCGCCAAGUUCAAAUUCCCAUAGCUACUGAUGAAUCUCAAACCCUGAUUAAUGCAACUGAUUCCAAGAAAUUUGGGGGAAAACAAGCCUAUUUCAAGCAUGGGGGUAACCGUGUAUGUACAUUUUGUGGCAAAACCAAUCACACAGUAGAAAAUUGUUUCAAUAAGCAUGGAGUUCCACCUCACAUACAAAAUCGUUUUCAAUCAACAGCCAACAAUGUUACUUCUGAUGCAAAUGAUGAUGGGUCUGUACCUAAUAGUGCUGACACAAGAGAUGACAAUGCUCCUAUGACUCAAGGUCAAUUCAAUGCCCUAAUGGAGCUACUUCAUAAAUCAAUUCUCGGGCAAGGGUCAGGACAUGCUUCUUCCAAUCAAGUUACUGUUGGUCAUUCAUCAGCAUGUAACACAUCUCAUAUCAUGCAUCAUAAUCAUGUUAGUCCUUGGAUCAUUGAUUCAGGAGCUACUGAUCACAUAUGUAGCUCCAUCCAUUGGUUUCAUUCAUAUAUAAAAAUUGUUCCUAUUAGUGUUAAACUACCAAAUGGGAAUUGCAUAAUUGCUAAAUAUUCUGGACAAAAAACCAUGAGAAUGACUGGUUUUGCUGAUCAAAAGGAUGGACUGUAUUACAUAACAAUAAGGGAUAGUGAGUCACAAGACAAAACAUCACCCACACAUACACAAAAUUCACUUGUUUCCAUUCCUAGCUUAGCUGCCAAUAUUUAUUUACCUGAUAAAGCCUUACAUAGAAAACUGCCUUAUACUGCUAGUAAGAAUAGAGUUGCUCACCCUUAUGACUUGAUUCAUUUAGAUAUAUGGGGUCCUCUUGCUGUCAAGUCCAUUCAUGGCCAUGCAUAUUUUUUAAUAGCUGUAGAUGAGUGCAGUAGAUUCACAUGGAUUACACUUAUGAAAUCCAAAGUUGAAACUAGGCAGCAUAUUAUAAAUUUUGUCAAGCUCAUAGAAAACCAAAAGGGCACUAUUGUCAAGACUAUUAGAUCUGAUAAUGGUCUUGAGUUUAGUAUGCUUGAAUUUUAUGUUUCAAAAGGCAUCAUACAUCAAACUAGUUGUGUUGAGUCUCCACAACAAAAUGGUAGAGUGGAGAGGAAACAUCAACACUUGUUAAAUGUAGGAAGAGCCCUUCUUUUUAAAUCAAAACUCCCAAAGAACUUUUGGCCCUAUGCUAUUUUACAUGCCACAUUCAUCAUCAACAAACUUCCUACACAAGUCUUAGACAAUUUAUCUCCUCAUUACAUACUCCAUAAUGAAGUACCUGAUAUGCAUAGCCUCAAAUUUUUUGGACCAUUAGUGUAUGCAUCCACACUUCAUAUGCAUAGAACUAAACUUGAGCCAAGAGGAAGAAAAUGUGUCUUCUUAGGUUUUAAAAUGGGUAUGAAGGGUGUAGUACUCUAUGACAUUAACAAUCAUAAAGUUUUUGUUUCUAGGAAUGUCAUACAUCAUGUUUUGAAUGAUGAUUGUUGA